CAAAUGUAUAUAUCUAAUAUCAUGCUGAGGAAUCAAGGGUUUCUUCAGACACUGUAGAGUUUUAGUUUAUUCUGUUUGCUGAUUCACAAAGUCUUGUCCAUAGUAACAUAGUUAUCACCAGCAUAACAUGAUAACCAGUACGCAUAGAUACUGGAUCCUGGAAAAUUCCCUGUUAAGUGUUAAUUCCCAGCUGAGCUUCACCCAUAUAUGCUUGCUUAAGUGCAUGGUUAUACACAUGGAUUCGUAUAUUGGGUUUAUGCCUGGUGAUAUAUAUGUGGUGGAUUCCCCCUCUUUUUCAUUUUCCCUGCUCCAAGUGAGACCCUUAAUGCUCUUUUCAUGAACUGGAAAAAGCAUUCAGGAAAUUACUCCUUAAAGUACAAUUAGGUCCCAUCACACUGAGAGGAUGCUGAGGUCCCCUCAGGGACGCCUGUAAAUUAGGCUCUCUGCAGGGUUUCCCCUUGGUCAAAGUCCCCAAAGAGAGCCCCAGCCCAUCUUUAUCCCAGUCGUGUGACCCAGCUCCAGGCCACUGGAUACUUUUGUUUCCAAACGCCUCUGGGGCUGUCUGGAGUUCCUGUCUUGAAAGUAUUUCCUUCUUUAAGCCCUGCUUUAAGGGCUGCAUCUUCCCCUUCUCAAUCCCCUGACUGUAUUCUUUCCACCUCUUGCAUUUUGCAUGGAUUUGAUGUCUCUUAACCUACUGUCACAUGUAUCAUCGUCAAUAUCAUAACACUGCUUAUUGGGUUAUUUCUGUGUAUUUAUUAGACACUGGUGCUAAUCACGUACUCUACUUUCAUCAGGUAAUUUUUCAUGAACCCGUUGAGGGUGAUUACCUUGCCUCAGGUCCCAGAACAAGAGAGAAAAAUCCUAAUCCAGUUGCUUGCGCUGCCAUCAUAGCCUUGGGGUUAAGAUGCCUGGCCUGAUACCAGAUUUUCUGGCUUCAAAUCCAGGCUCUUUAUUUCACCAGCUCUGCAACUCUUGCUCUCUACAGAUUCCGCAACCAUAAAGUGAUCAUUACAGUACUGACCUCAGCAAGCUCUCAAGCAACUAAUGAGCACCCCGAAAUCUUGUCUGUUACCAUUGUCUCUUCUGUCUGGCCCCAGUUCAUGCCCCUUGCCCCUGGCUUUAGCCACUUGGGGACUUUUCUAAUCCCACCUGGCCCAGCACGGUCAUAGAUUCCUUGAGACCUUGCGCUCAUUCUCUUCGUCUCCUUGGAUUUUCUUCGGUAUCCAGAACAGUGGUUUGCAUAGAGCAAGGGCUCAUUAAGUACUUGCAACAAAUUCAUUGAAUGCUCCCAGUUUUUUGGAAUCAGAUUACAACUGAACUAUGAUCAGGACUGGAAUUAACAGAAGACCUACUUGGGUCUCUCCUGUUCGCUAGCAUCUGCCAGGCCUCCCUAAAAAUGACAGCAAUGUAAUAGGAAGUAAGUGCUUUCUACUUGUGAAUAUUAGCAUCAAAAAGACACCUGUUAAAAAUUUAAAAAAAAAAAACAUGUAGUAGAGAGAAUAAUAACUUCCAUAAACCCCUAGAUCCCUGGAGCUUCCCCUGAAGCCGCGACAAUGCAGGAUCCUUAACCUCUCAGCCACCAGGGAAUUUCCUCUACAUUCAUUCCUUUUUUCUGCAUGUAUGUGCCACAUUUUGUUUAUCCAUCCAUCGAUUGAUGGACAGUUAGGGUUGUUUUGUCUUUGGGGCUAUUAUGAGUAACGCUGCUCUGAACAUUCGUAUACAGGUUUUUGGGUGGUCAUCUGUUCUCCUUUUUUAAUCAGCUUUAUUGAAAUGCAGAGCACGUACCAUACUAGUCACUGCUUUCACGCGGUAUGUCCACAGCUAUGGGUCAAUUUAGAACAUUUCGUCACCUCGAAAAGAAACUCCAUGCCCUUUAGCAAUCACUGCUCUAUCUCCCCACGACCCCCAGCCCUAAGCAACCACAAAUCUGCCUUCUGUCUGUAUAGGUUUGUCUGUUCUGGACCUUUCAUAUACAUAGAAGGAAAGUGCAUAUUUUAAAGAAAAUGGAUGUAUAUGUUUGUUACAGCUCUGGAGGAAUAGAAUUUGGAAAUCAAUGUUUAAUAACUUUGUGUCUAGCUGCUUUGCAAUGGAAGUGUAAGGAAUCUGAGCAAGGUCUUUCCUACGUGGGACCGCCUCCCUCUUCCUUAAGUAGCUCCUUCCCGGGGACUGGGCUUGAGGAGAGAGGCUCAGGUGAGUGGAAGGUCCCUGAGGACUCAGGCUGACAGUUGCUGUCCUCUGUGGGCUCCUGUGUGAUGAACUGGGGCUCUCUUUCUGGUUGGUAAGAGGAAGCCCUAGAAACACACACGCGGGGCGAUUACAAGUCUCCUUCGGAACACGCCAGGUUCAGUGAGAAUUGCCGAUGAGGCCUGUGAGUGUGCUAGGAAGUCCAGGUCAAGCCAUGUUCCCUGGAGCUGAGACUAAUGCAUCCCGUUUCCACAUCCUGUUUGUGGCAGGGCUGUGGGAUAGGGGGAGGGAAGGGACAGACACUCACGCAGCAGUUUUUCCCCGAGGGGAGCAAGUGCCGUGUGAGGAGUGGGGAAGCCCUGCAGAGGCUCAUCCUUCAGAAUGGCUCCCAAGUCGAUUCUGCCCGCUUCCGGUGGCUGUGUCCUCGCCCUGGCCCCCCAGGAGAGGGAGGUGGGCGCUCAUGGUCUGUUAGAGCAGCACCAGAGGGGACUUUCGGCCUACAUCGUCCAGUCCAUGCAGCUCUCCAGGGAGGGAAGGACAGGCAGACAGCACCCUUAGGUAUCAGAAAAUAAAUAGAGGCAGCCGUAUGUGAUGUCUUGUCUGUUCUUUUGCUUUAAUCAGUUUACCCAUAGCCAUCUGCCAAGGCUGCGGGCAGGAGGGCAAGGUCGCUGUCCAGGGGUGGGGCUUCCAGUGUGCUGUUUACCUGUCUGUGAUCGUCCCCCCACCCAGGCUUCAGCGCUCAGUGACACGGUGGCGAGCUUGAGUCAGGGGGUCUCCGGAUUCCUUCUGGCCUGGGCCAGCUCUCAUUUCUGACCCUGUCCAAAGCUUACCCUGCACUUCCAGUGUCGCAUCGCAUACAGUUGCAUAUUCACGUGUGCUGUCGCCGCAGCUGGCUUUGGUCUUAGACAGAACCUGAGCCUGAAUUUUAGCUCUGCUGGUUGUGGGAUUUGAAUUCUCUAAGCCUCGGGUUCCUGAUCGAUAAAACAUGCACGAUCAAAGCUCUUUCCAGGGACAGUUGUGUGAAGUACCCACGCAGGUCCUGCAUAGAUGGGCGCUGUUCUCUCCCCAUCCACCAGAUGCAGGCUGCUGCCAGGCGACCUCAGGGUGCCUGUGGUUUCUAUCCUCCAUCUCAUUAGAUGCUGCCAGAUGCCCAGCUUGUCAGUGGCCUCUGCUGCUUACAGGGUACCACCCUACCUGUGCUUUCCUGUCCUUUCUGCGCCCCAAAGACAGGAGGGCGGGGGAGGGCCAGGAGACAACGGAGCCCGUGCGGUCACAACCCACUGAAAUAUGCAUUUGUGAGGAUGGCUCUGUGUCCUCACACGUGUGUGUGCUCCACGGUGCAGCAUAUUUGAGGGGCUCAACAUUCCAGAACGCAGGGGCUCCAAGUGAGAGCAGCUGUGCCAGAAUUCUUCUCCUCAGCUGUUUCCUUCUGCAAGCCCUAUGGCCCUGAGCUGCGCCUGGCAAGGGAGCGUCCAGCUGACCCGGUCCCAGCUUGAGUCCACCCCCAGGCCUGCAUCCUGUGAUUGCAGGAGCCAGGAGGUGUUUCGUAUGUGAAGGUGGCCGAAGUCCUCCAGGGGAGGUGAUCAGAACACUGGGCUGGGAGGAGGAGGGCGGAGGAGGGAGUAAAUAUCAGUAAAUACCCGUUCCUAUCCCCACAGGAAUAGGGAGGGACCCAUACCUACAAGUUAUGUGUGUAAUUCCUCCCAACGAAACUAUGCUGUACGUGGUAGGUGGCAGUUAAGGAAACCGAAGUUUAGAAUGACGAAUGACACACUGAGAUCCUGAUUACAAACCUGGGGUGAGGCGGAGGUAGAAUUCCAAUCCUGAUCUGUUUAUCUGCCGGGGCCAGGCCUUUUGUCAUAGACUCAGCCACCAGAACCACACAAGGUCAGAUGCUCUUAGGAGGGACGAGUGAUGGGCCAGGCGGCUCAGGAAGUUUAAUUAAACACGUCACCUUUCUGCUGUAUGGAUGAGUAUGCUGGGUCCUGGAAAGAUGAACAUGAUAGGAAAGGUGACAGUGGGAAGACAGGACACAGUGAUAUCAUACCCUGUGGGCAGGAUGCAGAGAAACUGGAGGAAGAGGGACAGUCUACCCCUCAGGACAGGACAGGGCUGAGAGCCACAUAAAUUCCUUAUCAGUCAGGGUUCUUUCUGUUGGAGAAGCAGAUAUUAAGAUAACAUCGAGGAGUUCCCUCUGUGUUGCAGUGGGUUCAGGAUCCGACUUUGCUGCAGCUGUGGCAUAGGUCACAACUGCGGAUGAGAUUCCAUCCAUGGCCUGGGAACUUCCAUAUGCAGAGGGUGUGGCCAUAAAAAAAAUUAAAGAAAAUAACAACUGAUAGCAUUUUGACCUCAUGUGUCUAUGGGAGCUGGUUCACAAUGCUGGUGAGGCUGUCCCUCUGUGUCCAAUGAUGUGGUCUGAUGUAGCAGGACCAGCAUUUGGGGCAAAAAAAAAAAAAAGAGACGUGGAAAAGUGGGGAAAGAGGACGCCCUGCCACCUACAAGGAUGGGCUGAAUCCCAGGUCAUCCUCACCACCGAGCAGCAACCUCCAGCGUAAGGAACCUGCAGGGGGCGCUGGGGUCCUUCCUCGGGAAGCAAGCCACAGGCUGAGGAUCUGACACCCCGAGGAGGAGACUGGACAGGAAUGCGAGCACUGCGGCCCAGCUGCUCCAUGCCUCUCAGUGACCCAGGGGACACGCGUCGACAUCUGUUAGUUUGGGCAGGGCUUCAUGCACUGCGGUGACCCAGAAGCCCAGCAAGGAAACAGCUACUGCGCUACUUCUGCUUUCUGCGCCUCAGGAAACAUCUCACGUGGUGCACGCUGACCCCAUGGGGGAAGAGGAUCUGGGGAAACAAACUUGACAUGGACCACAGCUUCCAUGCAAGGCUCACCCUGGCCCCCGACCUGCCCUGAAAGCUUUGUCCAAAUAACCCCUCAUGGAAGGAUAACCCUUGAAGCAUCUUGGCCACUUGCUUUAUCUUUUAUUUUUAUUUUUUUAAGAUCCACACCUGUGACAUAUGGAAGUUCCCAGGCUAGGGGUUGAAUUGGAGCUGCAGCUGCAGGCCUACGCCACAGCCACAGCAACACGGGAUCCAAGGCACAGCAUUACUUCCACCGAAGCUUGAGGCAACACCAGAUCCUUAACCCACUGAGCAAGGCCAGGGAUUGAACCCACGUCCUCAGAGAGACAGCCUCAGGUUCUUAACCCACAGAGCCACAACAGGACCUCCCACUUGUUUUAUCUUACUAUAAUCUGUAUUCUCUUCUGGAAAUCUCACUGGCAGUGCUGCUUGCCGUAUUUUGGAGGUUUGAGAGAAGGAGGGUACAGGGAGGCGGGGGAGAAGGAAGGAUGGGGAAAUGGGUUUUGCACUUUUUCCUGGGUCACACUCUGGUUCCGGCACGCCCACGUCCGAGUCAGCUGGAGGGCUGGCUGAAGACAGACCCUCAGGCCCUGCCCAGGCCAAGCACAUUGGAUUCUCCAGAUGUGGAACGCUGGAGCCUCUAACAAGGUUCCCAGGAGGUUCUCAAGCAGCUGGCUUGGUUUUAGGAACCUCUGCCAAAACCUUUUUCUCAUCUGUGGGACGGAAGCUCUCUGCUUCUGCUUCCCUUCUCGGUCCCCAGCAGAGCUGGGGGCCGCUCGGGUGAUACUGGUGGAGGUUGUUUAUCGUCAGGGUGUCCCUGGCAGUGCCUCCUGGCAUGCGGAUCAUCUCCAGCAGGUGCUGGUGCGUCACUUCGGAGAAAGCCACGGAAUCAGGAGGAGGAAGGAUGUGAGGCCCUCCGAGAGCCAAGGGCAUCCUCUUCAUAAGUCCCACUCGGAAGACGGCUCUGUGGGAAAAGGAGAUUGGAAGAAGAAAAAUAAGUAUUUCUGGCAGAACUUCCGAAAGAAUCAGAAAGGAAUAAUGAGACAGACUUCAAAAGGAGAAGAUGUGGGUUAUGUGGCGAGCGAGAUAACCAUGAGUGAUGAGGAACGGAUUCAGCUGAUGAUGAUGGUCAAGGAAAAGAUGAUCACCAUCGAGGAAGCGCUUGCUAGGCUCAAGGAGUACGAGGCCCAGCACCGGCAGUCAGCUGCCUUGGACCCUGCUGACUGGCCAGAUGGUUCUUACCCAACAUUCGAUGGCUCAUCAAACUGCAAUUCAAGAGAACAGUCGGAUGAUGAGACGGAGGAGUCGGUGAAGUUUAAGAGGUUACACAAGCUGGUAAACUCCACUCGCAGAGUGAGAAAGAAACUAAUCAGGGUGGAAGAAAUGAAAAAGCCCAGCACCGAAGGCGGGGAGGAACAGGUGUUCGAGAAUCCCCCGGUCCCCGACGAAAGGUCCGCCCUUUACUCCGGAGUGCACAAGAAGCCGUUUUUCUUUGAUGCCUCUCCUGAGAAACCUCCGGAAGAUGAAGCGGACUCUCUCACCCCUUCUCCAUCAUCCAGCAGCCUGGACACCUGGGGAGCUGGCCGGAAGCUGGUCAAGACCUUCAGCAGAGGAGAGAGCCGGGGGCUGAUCAAGCCCCCCAAGAAGAUGGGAACGUUCUUCUCCUACCCCGAAGAAGACAAGGCCCAGAAGGUGUCCCGCUCCCUCACCGAGGGGGAGAUGAAGAAGGGCCUCGGGUCCCUGAGCCACGGGGUAAGUACCGAUGGGGUUUGCUUCUAUGACAGCCACCGUCGUCGGCACCACCUGCUGGUGUCCCUGGAGGAGGUUCAGAGCGUCCGGAAGCAGAUCCGCUUGAAGAAGACGGACGCUAAUUAUUCCUGUUCCCGAGCUUUCCUCUGCCAGCGUCCCUCCAGAAAAGGCGUGACCAGCAGCACCUGUGACCUGCAGCUGCUCCGGCCGAAGCCCAAAGGGGGCGGAGGCUGCGGCGGCCCCGGCCGGAGGGGGCGCGGGCGCCCCGCGGUCAGCGAGUUCAAUGUCACGUACGUGGUGGAGCGCAGCCUGUACAGCCACCUGAACCUGACCCAGCUAGUGCGUCCUGCCGCCGACAGGACCCUGAGCAAGGCUGAGAAGCAGGACCUGAGGCGGUGCUUGCUGGAGGAGGAGGAGGAAGCCAAGAGGAAGUGGGCCGCCACGGUGGACCGCUGUACUAAAAGGGUUCUCUUGAGAAUCCACCAGAAGUCCAGAACCUGCAGUUUUGGAGGCUUCGACUUGACAAAUCGUUCCCUACACAUCGGCAGUAAUACUUCAGACCCCGUGGGUAAAGAAGGAGAUUUUGUGUACAAAGAAGUAAUCAAAUCACCCACUGCCUCCCGCAUCUCUCUUGGGAAAAAAGUGAAAUCAGUGAAAGAGACCAUGAGGAAGAGAAUGUCUAAAAAAUACAGCAGCUCUGUCUCUGAGCAGGAUUCAGGCCUCGACGGAAUGCCUGGCUCCCCUCCAUCCUCUCAGCCUGACGGCGAACACAUGGACAAGCCCAAGCUCAAAGCUGGAGGGUCUGUGGAGAGUCUGCGGAGUUCUCUGAGCGGCCAGAGCUCGAUGAGCGGCCAAACAGUGAGCACCACGGACUCCUCGACCAGCAACAGGGAGAGUGUCAAGUCGGAAGACGGUGACGACGAGGAGCCCCCCUACCGGGGCCCGUUCUGUGGGCGUGCCAGGGUGCACACCGACUUCACGCCCAGCCCCUAUGACACAGACUCCCUCAAGCUCAAGAAAGGAGACAUCAUUGACAUAAUCAGCAAGCCCCCCAUGGGCACCUGGAUGGGUCUGCUGAACAACAAGGUGGGCACGUUCAAAUUCAUCUACGUGGACGUGCUCAAUGAGGAAGAGGAGAAGCCCAAGCGCCCCACCAGGAGGAGGAGGAAAGGAAGACGCCCCCAGCCCAAGUCGGUGGAGGAGCUCCUUGAUCGCAUCAACCUCAAAGAGCAUAUGCCCACUUUCCUGUUCAACGGAUAUGAAGAUCUGGACACCUUUAAGCUCCUGGAGGAGGAAGACUUGGACGAGUUAAAUAUCAGGGACCCGGAGCACAGAGCUGUUCUCCUAACAGCAGUGGAGCUGUUACAGGAAUAUGACAGUAACAGCGACCAGUCGGGAUCCCAGGAGAAGCUGCUUGUUGACAGCCAGGGCUUGAGCGGAUGCUCCCCUCGAGACUCCGGAUGCUAUGAAAGCAGCGAGAACCUGGAAAACGGCAAGACUCGAAAAACCAGCCUUCUCUCUGCCAAGUCAUCCACCGAGACCAGCUUGAAGUCUUUCAACAGAAAUCAGCUGGGUAACUACCCAACCUUGCCUUUAACGAAGUCAGUGGAUGCACUGAAGCCUGGAGGGGAGAGCAGGCUGGGCGGUGGUCUCACCUCUCACACCUCCAAGUGCUGUGAUCCCCCCAGUGUGACUGAUUUGAAUAAAAACCGAAGAAGCCUCCCGGUUUCCAUCUGUCGGAGCUGUGAGACCCUGGAGGGCCCCCAGACUGGGGAGCCUUGGCCCCGAUCCCACUCUCUGGAUGACCUUCAAGGAGAGGCUGAGACUGAAAAAGAUGUGCCUGGCCAGGUGCUGGAACCUUCCCCUCAGAUUAUACCCGAAGUGCCAGAAAAGACAGCCCCCUCCAUCACAAAGGUUCAAAGCCCCAAACGAGCUUCUGCUAUUGACAAUGCAUUGCUACUGACCCAAAGCAAAAGAUUUUCUGAACCUCAAAAAACGACUCCUAAGAAACUGGACAGCCCGAUGGCUGCCUUCUCACGUGGCACAUCCCCCCCUCCGUGUUUGCCCAAAAACCCUGACGCCCCCCCUCCCGCUGUUAAACCCAGUUUAACAAGGACACCUCUUGAGGGUCACAGGAAAGGACUGGAUUUCGAAGGAACACAUCACCCUCCGGGCACCAAAGAAGGCGGGGAUACUGAGCAGAGGGGCCCCGAGGCCAGAACGCAGGCAAAACCCCCGGUCCAGCCUCCGCCCGUUCCCGCCAAGAAGAGCCGGGAGCGCCUGGCCAAUGGGCUGCAUCCUGGCCCCCCUGGUCCCCCUGCCCCGCCUGGCCCCGAUGCUCCCAGCCUGCCAGUGAAAAAGGGCAGCCCCGGCAACCCCAGCGACUGCCCCCCGCCCACCGCGCCCAGGCCUCCCUCGGGACCCGGGCCGGAGCCCGGCAGCCCGCCGAGCACCCGGCCCCCACCCUGGCUGGCGGAGCUGCCUGAGAGCGCCAGCCUCCAGGAGCACGGCGUGCGGUUGGGCCCCGGCCUGGCCAGGAAGGUCUCCUGCACCCGCGGGGUGGACCUGGAGAUGCUCACCGAGAAUAAACUGCGAUCCGAAGGCAUCGAUCUCACCGAGGAGCCGUAUUCUGAUAAGCACGGCCGCUGUGGGAUUCCUGAGGCCCUGGUCCAGAGAUACGCAGAAGACUUAGAUCAGCCCGAGAGGGACGUCGCCACCCACAUGGACCAGAUCCGAGUGAAGCUGCUUCGGAAGCAGCACCGCAUGGCGAUCCCAAGUGGCGGACUCACAGAAAUCUGUAGGAAGCCCCUCUCUCCCGGAUGCGUUUCUUCCGUGUCCGAUUGGCUGGUUUCCAUCGGUCUGCCCAUGUACGCCAGCGCCCUCGCCGAGGCGGGGUUCAGCACACUGGGCCAGGUGCCUUCUCUCUCCCCCACUUGCCUUCAGGAGGCCGGCAUCACAGAGGAGAGACACAUAAGCAAGCUGGUGUCCGCAGCCAGACUCUUCAAACUGCCACCAGGCCCCGAGGCCAUGUAGCCAGGCCCGACACGGACCUCCCUGGACCAGAGCCACCCUUUCACUGUGUUUAAGAUGCUGAUGCAAUUCCUCCUUCGCUGGACUUGCAGACCAGAUCCAAGAGAAAGGCCAGCGUGUGGCCGACAGAACUCGGAAUCCUGGCACGGGACGGAUGACCCUCUGUUCUCCAGAAAAGCCCCCUCCAGGACUGGGGUGGUUCUCUGACCCCCAGGGAAAAGACAAGCACUUAUUUUUGUUUUCAGGACACAGGAGAACCAAGAUGCUGACUUGGUGCAAAUGCGAUGCCCACAGUCUGUCCUGGUGUGCUGGGAGAGGGCGGGGGCAGAGGGAGGGGCAGCAUGCCCUCGCCCUGGUGUCUGCCAUCCUGCAGGGUACCCGAGGCCCAGACGGGACUCAGCCAGGCCAGGUGACAGACUCGGGUGUGAUUGUACACUGUCGACCAAGGCUCAGUGGUUCAAAAGUUAGAAAAUCUGGCUGCACUAGAAAAAAGUCCUAUUCUCCUUUAGAUAAACAAGAGACAUUUUAAUAAUUGCUUUCUAGCAAUCAGCUUUUAUUUGCCUUAAUGUAAGCUUUUAAGCAGUUAUCUAACUAGUGUUCACUAGCCUGUAACCAUAGUUCCACAUCUUCAGCUUAGACUGUCAUCUAACAUACCUGGGAUGUUUUUGGCAGAAAUGGGCUUUUGUCUCACUCGAACAUGGCGUAUUUUAUAGCGGUGUUUAUCAGGCCAAAUUUCAUGUCGACUUUGAGUUUUUAAACUAACCACAAAUCUGGUAAAAAGCUCUGAACGUCACAAGAUAUCGUGUGUGAGAGCAUGUGUGUGUGUGUGAUUGUGUGUGCGUGUGCAUGUGCGCUUACGGUAACUACUUUUCGUUUUAAUCGGUUGAGUACUGUUACCGUGAUGGUCAUUGUGCUGCAGUAUUGACUUGGAAUCUUGAUGGUGUUCAUUCUAAAAUCCAGUCCUCAGCUAACAGAUCACCUUUGCAAAAAGUCAUCAUGGGAUGAAAUAUUUAAGAAAGAUGUUUUUCAAAAGGGAAGUAGUUUAUAAGAUGUUUUAAAAGAUUUUUUUUUCAGUUUUAUAAUUAAAAUACUGUUUUCCAUCUUUUCUUACUUAGAUCAUUCUCUUAAAUAAAAUAAAGGUUUAUUUUGGAGCCAAAUUACAUUGGCCAUAUAUUAAGUAGUUGCACAUCCUCGUUGUUUUUCAGCUGAUUUCAGCAUCCUUUUUUAGUCUAGUGUAUGAUUUUCUAACAGAAAUUUAGAUAACUAAAUUAUUCAGGUUACCAAUUGCUCACAGAGUGAUUUUCCUGGCGUUCCCAUCAUGGCUUAGCAGUUAGCGAACCCAACUAGCAUCCAUGAGGACGCAGGUUCGAUCUCUGGCUUCACUCAGUGGGUUAAGGAUCCGGCGUUGCCGUGAGCUGUGAUGUAAGUCACAGACGUGACUCGGAUCCUGCGUUGCUGUGGCUCUGGCGUAGGCCGGUGGCUGCACCUCCAAUUGGACCCCUAGCCUGGGAACCUCCAUAUGCCAUGGGUGGGGCCCUAAAAAGACAAAAAGACCAAAAAAAAAAAAAAAAACCCACAAAGUGAUUUUCCUUUACGUUCUUAUCAUGAGCCCUAUUUUAAGCAUUAGGGAUGAUCAUUUACUAUAGAAAUGCUGGGAACACAAAGCCUCGAUUAAAAAGGUCUAUGAUUUCAUCCACUCUUUGAAACAAAUGAUUUCCCUCAGGGGAAGGGAAAAAAGGUGAUUUCAUGAAAUACGAAGCCAUUUUACCAUUUGCUUUAUAUAUAUGGAUCCAUGUUUCUGAGGAAAAGGACAUUCUCAGGUGAUGUAUUUUUUCAUGCUUUGGUGUGCAUUUUAAAGAAGAAUAUAUGUUCCUUCAGUACUGUCCCCUGUAAGAUGCCAUGUGAAGAAGUUGUAGACAUGUAGAAGAAAAUGCUAAAGCUGCCAAAUUUCUCUCGACCCCUUAAACACAACCCAUUUUUGUCAUGUGGGGUGAGACAUUCCUAUGAGAGCAGUCCAUUGAGAAGGUAAUGAAGGAGGCGGCGGGGCUCUCCUGGAACUGGGUCACUGAAAGGAACUGCAAGUGCUGCAGGGAGGCGGGGUGCCGUAGGAACAGCCUGGUUUGCGGUCCCUCCGCCUGCCCUCGAGAGCCUGCUCCUAGUUUAAGCUGAGCUAAGAGACUGCACACAAGUCGGGUUAUAGGGAACAGAGGAGAAGGGCAGAUACGUGAACUUCCAAGUGUUCACGUUCAUCGGAAGAUCUUCACUGAAGUGGUGCCAGAAAAGGGAACUUUCCGACUAUGAGUUUUUGAGAAUACCAAACUGUGUGUUUGUCAUUCUUCUUUGGAAAUCAUUGCCUUUGCAUAGAAAAGUGAAAUUCAGGGACCAGGAAUCAUUUUCAGUGGGAAGGGUUUCCUAAUCCGGGGUCUGAGGUGGUUUUUACUUUAUUGUGCUUUUAAAAAAAAAUUUUUUUUUUUUUAAUCUUUAGUAUAUGUGUUUGGUUUUUUUUUUGCUUUAAACUUUUAAUUUGAUUCUAGAAAAGCCUGAAUGUUUGUGUGUGACAUUUGACUGAGGUGGUUCGGGGCCGCCUAUGGCCUUUGAAGACAGGUGGUCGGCUUCAGCAAUAUCCAGUUUUUAAUCCCUUGCACUUGGUGCAUAGUGUUGAGGAAGGGUGAGCUUCGUUGUCUUUGGAAAGCACAAAAGCAGAGGCAGUUUGGCUCAGGUAGCUGCACAUCCGUUGUGUAUCAUUUUUCCUUGGAAGCUGUCUGUCUACAAGGAAUUACAGCCAGCCCCAACCACUAUUUACAUUCCCGAUAACCAAGAAGUAGACAGAUGUUCAUGGCCUUGGCCUUAGUCAGAGGCCCUUUUCUCUUUCCUGUACCCAGGUAUAGGUGAAAUUGGAAUUUCCUAAGUCUAUGGGAAAUCAGUUCCUGUCAGAGCAGAUUGCAGCAAAUCGGUUCACCAAGUCAAUGCUGCAUGUGUGUACUGUAUUAUUUUCAGAAAAAAAAAAUAUAUAGUAGUCCGAGUCCAAGUUAUCUCGAUUUUAAAUUGAUAGAAAAAUAAGAAACUGUCAAGCAAGUUAUAUAACAACUAACAACAUUGCACUUUCUGUAUAUGAAAUCAAUAUUUAAAUAACUUAUUUUUCUCCAUUGCUGUUCUUAAACAUUGUAAGUAGCUGUAAUAUACCAGUACCAAUAUGUUCUUGCCAUUGCUUCAGCCCAAGAAAGCUGUGUAUUGUUUUAAAAAUUGUAAAAAUUAUUGUGAUUCAUUUAGCAAAAGGAGGUGGACAGAAGGGUUUUCCCUAUGUAUCAAAACUUGUCUAUAAUUAUGUCAUCUAUGUACCUAGAAAAAAAAAAGUAAAUAAAUUUCUUCCGUUGAAUAUG